AUGGCCGCCGCCUUUGACGACGAAGACCUCUCAGUAUCCCUACCCACAUUCGAAAGAGCUGGUCAAGAUGUCCGGGUUUCUCAUAGCCAUCCACCCAUACCGCCACUUUCUAGGCCUUACGUCGUUCCCUCAGAACAAUCCCCCGCGACAGCCCGUGACAUGCAGCGGCUCGAGCAGUACAAGACAAAGAAACUACUGGGCGAAGGUUCAUUUGGAAAGGUGAAAUUGGCUAUACAUCAGGCCAGUGGGCGUGAGGUUGCGCUGAAGAUAAUCUCACGACGGAAAUUGUUAUCGAGAGAUAUGGUUGGCCGGGUUGAGCGCGAAAUCCAAUACUUGCAACUUUUAAGGCACCCGCACAUCAUUAAGUUAUACACCGUUAUCGCGACAAAAACAGACAUCGUCAUGGUUUUGGAAUAUGCGGAGCGGGAACUAUUUGACUAUCUCGUUAGCCGCGGCAAAUGUAACGACGACGAAGCCCGUAUAUUCUUCCAACAAAUAAUCUGUGCCGUGGAAUAUUGCCAUCGUCAUAAGAUCGUACAUCGAGAUUUGAAACCCGAGAAUCUCUUGAUUGAUAGUGAUAAAAAUGUUAAGAUCGCUGAUUUCGGCUUGAGCAAUAUCAUGACAGAUGGCAAUUUCCUACGGACUAGCUGUGGCAGUCCAAACUAUGCUGCACCAGAAGUUAUUUCUGGAAAACUAUACGCGGGACCAGAAGUCGAUGUAUGGAGCUGUGGUGUCAUUUUAUAUGUGCUCUUGGUGGGUAAAUUGCCUUUCGAUGAUGACUAUAUACCCAGUCUCUUUAGAAAAAUCUCUGCCGGUAACUUUUACAUGCCAUCCUAUAUAUCCACUGGCGCAGCCAACUUAAUUCGGCGGAUGUUACAAGUUCAUCCCGUCCAUCGAAUAACUAUCUCUGAAAUUCGGCGAGACUCCUGGUUUAAGAAGAACUUGCCAAACUACCUUCAACACCCCGUGGAAGAGUUCGUCGCUACAGGGGCAGAUCCGAAUAAGGCUAUUGAUCUUCGCUCUAUUGCACCAGGAAAAUCUCCAGCUGCAAGAGAGCGAAUUCGUGAAAAUGCCAUUAUAAAACUUGAGAGAACAAUGUGUUACGGAAAAGAGGACAUUCAAGAUGCCUUACGAAGACCCGAACCUAGUGCGAUUAAAGAUGCCUUCUUUAUUAUUGUCGAAAAUGAGAUGAUGCAAACGAACUCCCCACUGGAGGUUGAUAGUAAUUCAUCAUCUCUCAGACCACAGGACACUCAAGAGGCCUCUCCACGUAGCCUUGCGACGGGCGCCAAAUCCGGAAGUUCUACUCUUCACGAUUCACCCAUGCCCCCCUUGGCUAUAACUACUCCAUCGGCCCGCUCCCCAGCUCGCGCUAGCUAUGUGCGGAUUCUACCAACUAGUCUUCCCUAUGUUCAUGAACAAAUCAUGGAGCAACGAACAAAGGAGAGGCCCGCACGGGCAGGUCGUGAAUUGCAAGGCGAUGCACCUGUUCCUGCCCCCUGCAUCGAAACUGCUGAAUAUUCUGCUCCUUCUGGAGAACUAUCGCUAGAAGAACAGGCCGCAACUGCCAGGGCAUUGAAACCGCACUCCAGAAGCGUUGUUGACCUAGAAAAAAUUCAAUUUGAUCCUCCGCUGAAACAUACACCAACUCCUACCCAGCCCAAACGAUCUCGGAAGUGGCAAUUCGGAAUUCGAUCGCGUAACCUACCGUACGAAGCCAUGCUCUGUCUGUAUAAGGCAAUCAAGGCUGAAGGGGGUGUUUGGGAGAUCCAACCGGCUGAAUCGGAUUCCCAUGAUAUCGAUCGGGCUCUAGAAGUUACUUCAGAAAUUCCUGGCCCACUUCAGCGCAAAUACCGCGAUGUGCCCUCCGAGUAUUAUAUUCCAAGAGAUCUUUGGUUUAUUCGUGCUCGACUUUUGAAGCAAGGUGUGCUAGCCCCUGGCUCAGCUAGCAGCACACAUAGCAGCCGCAGUGACCUGGAAGAGUUUCGAAGACGAGUUAGUCUCAAAGGUGGUGUGUUACAGGCGGACGACAAGGCUAGCCCGGCGAACGCCGGCAUAUCUACUACUUCCUCUAUAUCCUCUUAUUCGGCUACUUUAAACCACGGUGUUUGGGUUUUUGUCGAUAUCCAGCUUUAUCAGCUCGAGCAAGACAACUAUAUGGUCGACUUUAAAUGUGAUGGUUAUCAGAACGUUGUGCGCAUCGAAGGCGAGGGGAAUUCAACAGAAUGGAGUCCGAUUAGCAAACGGUUUCGGAAUAAGGAUAAAGAAAUUACAAGCCCAUAUCCUUUCCUCGAUGUUGCGUCUGAUCUUGUUGCACAAUUAGCUGCCGCUACCUAG